ACUUACGGAAGCUUGUGCUUAUAAUAAAAAAAAAAUCUGAAAAUAUUAUUGAUUUUGCAGGCUUUUAAUAUGUUGACGGAGCUGUUUACGUAGAUAGUGAAUAAAUGAUGAUAUGUGAACGUUCUUGCUAUAAAGAAAUUUUGUUGGAUGUUAUGAGCAAGUGCGUUGUAGUUUUAAUUAAAGAACACUCAAAGAGUGUGUGAGUUCUUUAAAUAUAACAUGAACAAAACUUUAAGACAUUGAAACAAAGUUGGAAUCUAAUAAUAAGGAAGACGUGAAAUAAAUUAAUACAAAAAAAAAAAAUCAUUUUGACGCCUGGUAAUAAAAUGAAUGUCACUACAGUAGCUUAUGGCGAUGAAUUGUACACCAUUGAUUAUGAACACUUUGGUGAAAUAUUAAAACAACUGCGAAAUGGGAGUUUACGCAAUUUAACAAAGGACGACUUUGGAGAUUUGUCCUGGAUUUUACCAAAGUCUCGUACAAAUCACGCUUCUCAAAGGGAUCGCGAUGUUUGGGAUUACCUUGGAGAGGCGCUUGGUCCGAGACGAGGGCCUGUUGCGGCCGUAGUGGCAAUUACUUGCGUUUAUUGUCUCAUAUUUAUAUCGGGCCUAUUUGGAAAUAUUUGUACCUGCUUCGUUAUCGUCAAAAACAAAUACAUGCACACUGCUACUAACUACUACCUUUUCAACCUGGCAAUAGCUGACUUGGUACUUCUUAUCAUUGGUCUUCCACCUGAGACCUACUCCAUAUGGUCAGCUUACCCUUGGAUAUUUGGCAAGGUGUUCUGUGUCGCAAGGACCAUGAUGGCCGAAAUGUCUACAAACGCCAGCAUUUUAACCAUCACCGCGUUUACUAUUGAAAGGUAUGUGGCCAUCUGUCAUCCGAUGAAAGCGCACACUAUGUCUGGGUUGAAGCGAGUUGUGCGAAUCAUCAUUGUGAUCUGGCUCCUAGCAGCCGUGUCCUCCAUCCCGCUUACCUUGCAGUUCAAGGUUGUUUACGCCAUCGACCACUGGAAUAGAACCAUCCCUGAGUCUGCGUAUUGUGGCAUCGGGGAGAAUAACCAUAUCGAAAGGACCUUUGAACUUUCUACGUUUGUUUUCUUUGUGUUUCCCAUGACACUAGUUACGGUCAUGUAUUCUAUGAUUGCAAUUGCAAUUCGGAAGUCAGAGUUCAUCCGAGAUGGUUCAGAUGCAUCACACCGAGAGCGCUUAACUGGGACAGAUAUGCGCGCGCAACAACAAGCACGUGGACGACAAUCAGUUCUAAAAAUGCUCGUGGCUGUGGUUGUGGCAUUUUUCGUUUGUUGGGCGCCUUUCCAUGGGCAGAGGCUCAUGACACUAUAUAUUCCUGCCUCGAAAUGGACAGAUAGUCUUCUGGACCUCCAUAAAGUUAUCUACUAUAUUUCUGGUGUCUGUUAUUUUGUCAGUUGCACAAUCAAUCCCAUUCUUUACAGUAUCAUGUCACUGAAGUUCCGACAGGCUUUUAAGCAAACGGUCCUAAAACCCAAUUGUUGUAGUCAAAGAGUGCAUUCGACGAAAAAACGAACCCGUUUAUCUUAUAGAUUUUCACGAAAGAACGGUUAUUCUGAAACAAGUUUUACAUCAGUGGACAAGGCUUCCCCUCGAGGAAAUAGAGAGCAUAAUUCCGACCAUAGUCCUAAAACAAAGCGUAAACAAGAAAACGCUUCUAGUGGGCGAGGAGAUAACAUCGAAGAAAAAGUUGGAUGUCGAUUGGUCGGAGCUCCUCCGAAAGACACGAUACAGGAUGCAGAAAAAAACUGUGAAAACGAAUGUUAAUUGUUUGUGAAAUACUUUUGUUAAUUGAAUGUAUUGUUUCAUGGAUUGGCAUUAUCCAAGAUAAUAUUUAAAACCGAGCUGAACCGACAUUGAAGACAAAAUGACAUUCUGUAAUAAUACUUCCUAAUAUUUAAGUUUUCUUUUCUUUAAUACACCUGUAAACGAAAUGUUUAAGUAUGACAAUAAAUUGUAUACUUACUGUUUCACAAUACUUGCUAAAAUAAAG